AUGAUCUACCAUGCCCUUUCUCAGGAAGAGGCUGAAAAACAUGAUGUGCAGCAGCUAGGAGCACAGCGGGCAGAGGCCUUCGUAAAGGCCUUCCUGAAGCGGAGCGUCCCCCACAUGAGGCAGCAGCUCUGCGAGGACCAGCUGCAGCGCAAGGCUGUGGUCCUGGAAUAUUUCACUCGCCGGAAGCAAAGGGAGAAGAAGAAAAGAUCGAAAGGCCUCUCUGCCCGGCAGAGGCGGAGCCUGCGGCUGUUUGAUAUCAAACCAGAGCAGCAAAGGUACAACCUUUUUCUCCCUCUGCAUGAGCUCUGGAAACAGUACAUCCGGGACCUGUGCAAUGGUCUGAGGCCGGAUACGCAGCCACAGAUGAUUCAGGCCAAGCUACUCAAGGCAGAUCUUCAUGGCGCUCUCAUUUCAGUGACAAAGUCCAAGUGCCCCUCGUAUGUGGGCCUGACCGGAAUCCUCCUCCAGGAGACGAAGCAUGUGUUCAAGAUCAUCACCAGAGAGGAUCAGCUCAAAG